ACUAGUUAUCAAUAAAAAUGAGGAAUUGACUUGAUUGUGAUGAAGCAUUUUUUAUUCUGAACAUGCGUAAAUACAAAAAAAAAUGGAAAGUUAGAGAAGGUUUAAAUUCAUGAAAUCAUUACUUUUUUGGCCGCAAAGUUAUAACGACUUUGCACCGACCAAGUUAUCCGAUCCGUUUUCCUUAAGAUCCGAAAUAGUUGUACCCAUAUUUAAAAGUUGAGUACGUGAAACGGAACGUGCUCCGAAGGUUCUCGGUGCGGCCGCUAGUAGCGCUCGUGCGCCAGUCUUCUUGCAGCGGGCGAGCGGCCGGCUGCCUGUUGCAGUGCGCGGUACGAAUCAACACACGCGAGUUCGCGGUCAUAGGCUCGAACGAACAUCGAAUCGACGGUCAGUGCGGUGACCAUGAUGAUGGACAACGGGGUGAUAAACAACUAUGACGGGUUGUACCCGGACGGUUACAUGGAACAAGAGGAGGAAUGGGAGCGUGAGGGUCUCCUAGACCCGGCCUGGGAGAAACAACAGAAAAAGACAUUCACGGCAUGGUGCAACAGUCACCUCAGAAAAGCUGGCACCGGCAUCGAGAACAUCGAGGACGACUUCCGCAAUGGCUUAAAGCUCAUGCUGCUGCUGGAGGUCAUCUCCGGCGAGACUCUGCCCAAGCCCGACCGUGGCAAAAUGCGAUUCCACAAAAUCGCUAACGUCAACAAGGCACUCGACUUCAUCGCCUCCAAAGGUGUGAAGCUUGUGUCAAUUGGUGCCGAAGAAAUCGUCGAUGGUAACCUUAAGAUGACUCUUGGUAUGAUUUGGACCAUUAUUCUCCGUUUCGCCAUCCAAGACAUCUCAGUUGAAGAAAUGACCGCAAAGGAAGGUCUGUUGCUCUGGUGUCAACGUAAGACAGCGCCGUACAAGAAUGUCAAUGUCCAGAACUUCCACCUGUCGUUCAAGGACGGUCUGGCCUUCUGUGCCCUCAUUCACAGGCACAGGCCAGACCUCAUCGACUACAGUAAACUCUCCAAGGACAAUCCCCUCGAGAACUUGAACACCGCUUUCGACGUAGCCGAGAAAUAUCUCGACAUCCCCCGCAUGUUAGACCCUGACGACCUAAUAAACACGCCCAAGCCGGACGAGCGCGCCAUUAUGACCUAUGUGUCGUGUUACUACCACGCCUUCCAAGGCGCGCAACAGGCUGAAACGGCCGCGAACCGUAUUUGCAAAGUUCUCAAAGUCAACCAGGAGAACGAACGCCUAAUGGAAGAGUACGAACGUCUUGCCAGUGACCUCUUGGACUGGAUCCGUCGCACCAUGCCAUGGCUGAACAGCCGUCAGACCGACAACUCUCUUGCCGGGUGCCAAAAAAAACUGGAAGACUACCGUACUUACAGGCGUAAGCACAAGCCACCACGUGUAGAACAGAAGGCCAAACUGGAGACCAACUUCAACACCCUUCAGACCAAGCUUAGGUUGAGCAACCGUCCUGCGUACAUGCCCACCGAAGGCAAAAUGGUUUCUGACAUCGCUCAAGCAUGGAAGGGCCUAGAGAUCGCCGAGAAGGCAUUCGAAGAGUGGCUUCUCAGUGAAAUGAUGCGUCUCGAGCGACUCGAAUACCUCGCUCAGAAGUUCAAGCACAAGGCCGACAUCCACGAAGACUGGACUAGAGGCAAGGAAGAGAUGCUACAGUCCCAGGACUUCCGUCAAUGUAAGCUCAACGACAUCAAAGCUCUCAAGAAGAAGCACGAGGCCUUCGAAUCCGACCUGGCCGCCCACCAAGAUCGUGUCGAGCAAAUCGCGGCCAUCGCCCAGGAACUCAACACCCUGGAGUACCACGAGGUUGCGAGCGUGAACGCGCGUUGCCAGCGCAUCUGCUCGCAGUGGGACCGGCUCGGCGCGCUCACGCAGCGCCGCCGGCACGCACUCGACGACGCCGAGCGCGUGCUCGAGCAGAUCGACCUGCUGCAUCUCGAAUUCGCCAAACGCGCUGCACCAUUCAACAACUGGUUGGACGGAACUCGCGAAGAUCUCGUGGAUAUGUUCAUCGUUCAUACCAUCGAAGAAAUCUCAGGUCUCAUGGACGCUCACGCUCGCUUCAAGGCAACCCUCGGCGAGGCUGACAAAGAAUACCAGGCUAUCGUCAACCUGGUACAUCAAGUCGAAUCUAUUGUCAAGCAGCACCAGAUCCCCGGCGGUUUGGAGAACCCAUACACCACUCUCACAGCUCAUGAGUUGAACCGCAAGUGGUCGGACGUGAGGCAGCUGGUGCCGCAGCGCGACGCGACGCUGGCCGCAGAGCUUCGCAAGCAACAGAACAACGAGAACCUGCGAAGGCAGUUCGCAGAAAAGGCCAACGCAGUCGGACCUUGGAUCGAGAGGCAGAUGGACGCCGUCACCGCUAUCGGAAUGGGCCUGCAGGGCUCUCUGGAAGACCAGCUGCGCAGACUUAAAGAAUACGAAGCUGGAGUGUACGCUUACAAGCCACACAUUGAGGAACUCGAACGCAUCCACCAGGCUGUCCAGGAAGGCAUGAUCUUCGAAAACAGAUAUUCACAAUACACAAUGGAGACUCUGCGCGUCGGCUGGGAACAGCUCCUGACCUCGAUCAACCGCACCAUCAACGAAGUGGAGAACCAGAUCCUCACCCGCGACUCAAAGGGUAUCACUCAGGAGCAACUGACAGAGUUCCGCGCCUCAUUCAACCACUUCGACAAGAACCGCACAGGCCGUCUGCUGCCAGAGGAGUUGAAAUCGUGCUUAGUCUCCCUGGGUUACAGCAUCGGCAAGGACAGGCAAGGAGAACUCGACUUCCAACGUAUUCUUGCUGUUGUCGAUCCCAACAAUACCGGCUACGUGUCAUUCGAUUCGUUCCUGGACUUUAUGACCAGAGAGUCGACAGAUACCGACACCGCCGAACAAGUCAUUGACAGCUUCAGGAUCUUAGCUGGUGACAAGCCGUACAUAACGGCGGAGGAGUUGCGCCGCGAGCUGCCGCCCGACCAGGCGGAGUACUGCGUGGCGCGCAUGCCGCCGUACCGCGGGCCCGGCGCGCCGCCCGGCUCACUCGACUACAUGGCCUUCUCCACCGCACUCUACGGCGAAACCGACCUCUAGAUGCAGAGAGAAGGGGCCAUAUCAAAGGAUAUCAUCUUCAGCCGUGUCAUCAAUCAGAGAAGGCAUAAAAUGAGAAGACCCAAGUCACAUAGUCAUUCAAAUAUAUUAAAGAGGGCCAGAGAAGUGACAAUGGCGAAAUAAAAUAAAUUAAAAACUUUUUCCUACACUGACCAGACCUAUUCACGCCCUAAAUACUAUGGUCAAUGCAGAGUAAAAAUGUUUUUAAAGUAACCAUGCAGUUCUUUAAAUAUCAUGUGCAAUGUACAAACCAAAAAUGCCAUUCAUUUUUGUUCAGUAAUGUUAACCUUUGGCUCAAAUUGGAGAAAUCAUUUAUAUUGUUUAAAUCUCUCUAUUUAUAUCAUAGCAUUAGAUAUUUUUUAACUUUUAUAUGAAAUUCUCAGCAAAGUCACAAAAUUAUUUGUAAGAUAAAAUGGUGCUAAUGUUAGGCUUGACUAAUGUGUGACACCAAAUGAAGACUCAUUCACAUUGUGAGAAUGUUUUUGUUAUUUUAUUUUAAGUUUAUUUAUACAAGUUUCAUUUUUAUAACUACCAUUAAAAAUAUGUUUUAUUUCAAAGGUAGCAAAACUAAAAUUUACUAAAUUCUUAAGUGCAGGGAAGUGUCACACAAAUUAUUUAUAUCAUAGAUUGCCAUAACUUGCCUGCAUCAAUUUAUUUAUCUUUUUUUUUAUAUAUUUAUUGUCGUUUGUGAGAGUAUUUUUGAAUGAGUACUCGUAAAUAAAUGAUCUGCCAUAUUUUCGUCUUUUAAUAUUGACUACAUUGUUAAUCCAACCAAUUUAUUUUACAUGGAGUAUGGUACUUAGAUUAAGAAAAAAUUAUUAUGUGCCCAAAAAGUAUACUAACUCGAAUGUACAGCUAAUUAUUAAAUAAAGAGCUCUUAAACUUGCA